GGCCAGGCCCCAUGUAAGCCGCCCCGAGUCCUUUCAGGGAGAUGGGGCGGGGUAUAAAAAUAAAAUUAUUAUUAUUAUGAUUAUGAUUAUGAUUAUUAUUAUUAUUAUUAUUAUUAUUAUUUAUAGGAACUCUGGGUAAAAGCCCAAGUUCCUAUCUCUCAAGGGGGGGGGGGAAGGUUACAUAUUCUUUUCGUCCUUAAUAUCAUCAUAUCUUUUAAUUGUUCUUUUUUAAAUAGUCCUCAAAAUUAGUCCAGUCCCUUCCCAUUACUUUGCUUCCCAAUUUCCUUGGUGCCUACUACACAGCACUGUGUUGAUUGCAGAACAUUUGUUUUUAUUGUACUGUAUUUUAUAUGCCUUUGAUUUUAUAUGUUUAUAUGUUUUAAAUGUAUCUUGUGGUCGUAUUUUGUGGUGUAUUUAGGGCGGGAUACAAGAAUAAAGUUAUUAGAAACACAUUCAAAUCAACUACUGCAAGGUGAAACCAAAGCCAACCAUAAUCAUCUUGGACGGCGCAGCUUCUGCAAAACCGAACGGAACACCUUUCAGAGAAAAGUUUAGCAAUGUUUGGACCAACGGAUUGGCAUCGAUCGGUCAGAUGUUUCUGUUUAUUCAGAACUGUCAAUUGUCCAGGACAAGUAUAAUGCCAGUGAACUUCUCUGUUUCAUUUGUACCAUCAGCAACUUCUAAAAGAUUUCAACAUUCUUGGUGAGUUCGUCAGGACUUAGUUCAAAAAAAUAAUUGAAAAGGUAGUCCAUUAACAGAGACGACAACGUUGCUGUUGUUGUUGUUUAUUCAUUCAGUCGCUUCAGCCUCUUGGUGACCUCCUGGACCAUCCCAGAUUAUGUUGUUAAAGUGCGAAGUAUGGAACCCUGCGCAGACGGGAAAGCCUUAGCAUUGAAAGGUUGUGUUGUUAAAGCACGAAGUAUGGAUCCCUGCGCAGACAGGGAAGCCUUCGCAUUGAACGGUUGUGUUGUUAAAGUGCCAAGUAUGGAACCCUGCGCAGAUGGGGAAGCCUUUGCAUUGAACGGUUGUGUUAACGUGCGAAGUAUGGAACCCUGUGCAGACGGGAAAGCCUUAGCAUUGAAAGGUUGUGUUGUUAAAGCAUGAAGUAUGGAUCCCUGCGCAGACAGGGAAGCCUUCGCAUUGAACGGUUGUGUUGUUAACAUGCGAAGUAUGGAACCCUGCGCAGAUGGAGAAGUCUUAGCAUUGGAUGGUUGUGUUGUUAAAGGGCGAAGUAUGGAACCCCGCGUAGACGAGGAAGCCUUAGCAUUGAACGGUUGUGUUGUUAAAGGGCGAAGUAUGGAACCCUGCGCAGACGGGGAAGCCUUAGCAUUGGACGGUUGUGUUGUUAAAGGGCGAAGUAUGGAACCCCGCGUAGACGAGGAAGCCUUAGCAUUGAACGGUUGUGUUGUUAAAGGGCGAAGUAUGGAACCCUGCGCAGACGGGGAAGCCUUAGCAUUGAACGGUUGUGUUGUUAAAGGGCGAAGUAUGGAACCCUGCGCAGAUGGAGAAGCCUUAGCAUUGAACGGUUGUGUUGUUAAAGGGCGAAGUAUGGAACCCUGCGCAGACGGGGAAGCCUUAGCAUUGGACGGUUGUGUUGUUAAAGUGGGAAGUAUGGAACCCUGCGCAGACGGUCAGUCAAUGCGACUUAAGCAACGUGCAGUCACUGAAUUCUUGGCAGCAGAAGGUGUCACCUCAAAGGAGAUGCAUCAGAGAAUGCACACUGUUUGUGAUGAUUGUGUUGAUGUGAGUCCUGUGCGUCGUGGGGCGAGUAAGUCUAAAGAUGUUGAGAAGGGAAAAUCUGACUUGCGUGACAAAGAAUUGGACGUCCUGUGACAGCAACCACCGAGUUUCACAAGCAAAAGGUUGACAGAUUUAUUCAGGACGAUCCUCGUAUCACUCAGAGAGAAAUGUCAAGCAUAAUCGGCAUUUGUCCAUUAUUUUAUUUUGCGUAUUGUUGGAAUGUUUUAAGUUUAUGUUAAAUAUGUUGUUGUUGUUCGGGCUUGUCCCUGUUGUGAGCCGCCCCGAGUCCCUUCGGGGAGAUGGGGCGGGAUAUAAAAAUAAAGUUUAUUUAUUAUUUAUUAUUUAUUUCACAAGAACAUGUGGGUUACAUUAUUGCUUUGCUUGGCUUUCGGAAGAUCUGUGCACGAUGGGUCCGGCGAGACGCCGGUUGCGGAAACCGAGUGUCGACUUCUUCCGUGACGGCUUCAGAAAACUUGUUCAUCGUUGGCAGAAUUGUAUCCAAUGGUCUGGUGAUGAUGUGGGAAAGUGAAUAGUGGUCGUUAAAGAGCACAUUCUAAGGAUUAUUUCUGCGUUUGGUUUAGUUAAAAUAUUCCCAAACAAACCCAAGUAAUGAAGGUGGAGGCAUUACUUUUCAUUCAACCCUCCAUCGUCAAAAUCAAUAGGCGGGUGGCAUCUUUCUAUAAAAGUGUAAUGAUUUACCGACAAGAGGUGUUUGCUCACGUUAUCAGACAUGUUUCCUAGAAGCCGAAGAUCCCAGAUUUCCCUCCACUUCCCGGUUUUCCAAUAUCUAGCCAUUCCCAAGUGUCCAACUUCUGGUCAAAAGAAAUCUAGUACAAUUCCAAAUUUUUAGCUUUGUGGAUUUUCUAUAUAUUAUAACUGUAUUCUCAAUUUGCUUCUGACAUGAUAAACAAUCCUCAUUGAAGGAGACCAUUCAGAGCCUGAGGUUCUUCAUGUCCUUCUUCGCUUUGCAGCCACUCAAAUUAAUUAUAUAUAUACGUUUUUAAGGUUUUAUAAUUUGUUUUAACAAUGUUAUUAAUAGAUCUGUUAUUGUUUUGUUUUUAUGAUUGUAUUUUGGGCAUUAAAUUUUGCCAAUUUUUGUAAGCCGCCCUGAGUCCCCUCGGGUGAGAAGGGUGGGAUAUAAAUGUUGUUGUGUUGUUGUAAAUGAACGUGUCUAUGGGUUGUUGUAUGUCUUUCGGGCUGUGUGGCCAUGUUCCAGAAGCAUUCUCUCCUGACGUUUCGCCCACAUCUAUGGCAGGCAUCCUCAGAGGUUGUGAACGUGUCUAUGUUGGAGCAAAUUCCGGACGCAACCACCAACCACGUGAACACGUCUGAGCCUCGUUCUUCUCAUGAGACUCUCGACGUGGCUCCUUAAAAGUCGAGAUACGUUGUACCCGAGGGAGUUAAUGUCCCCGGGAAAAGUCAAUUUUGAGCUAAAAUCGAGCCAAAUGUCUCUGCUGACUCGGUCCUUUUUUUAACGGCUUUGCCCGAUUACAGCUUGUGUCAAUAUGUACUUAGCGCCCGGGAGACUCUGUGUGUCUUUCUCCCUUUCGAUCUAUAAUUUCCAAGAACAAGAAAGGCCGAAAUGGAGCAAACGGGGAGCAGGGAGGCAAGUCAACGAAGCACAAAAAGAUCGGUGGAGAAAACGCAACCACAACCUUCUCUCCCCUCCAAAAACUUCCCUCUGCAUGUGUGUGUGCCGUCCUUUUUCUCCAGUCGAACCAAUAUUUGGAAAGCUCUGAGCAAAUAAAACUCGAAUGCAGGACUCUAACCUCCUUCGGCUGCUCAGGAAGACCCGACGGACCAAGGUCUACCAUCAGAAAGUCCUCUUAACAGUUUGAACAGACAAAGGUCGAAGUAUUUUAAGCUACUCUGCGACUUAGGCAUUCAUAUGUUCAUCGUCAUGUAAAUUUAAAAUAACAACCAUCAUGUUAGUAAACGUAAAGGUUUUCCUCCGACGUUAAGCCUAGUCGUGUCCGACUCUGUGUGUUGUUGCUCAUCUCCAUUUCUAAGCCGAAGAGUUGUCUGUAGACGCCUCCAAAAUCAUGUUAAAACGCUGAACUUGCAGACCGAAAGCUCAGCAGUUCAAAUCCGGGGAGCGGGGCGAGCUCCCAUUGUUAGCCCAAGCUUCUGCCAACCUAGCAGUUCGAAAACAUGCCAAUGUGAGUAGAUCAAUGAUGGGCAAGCUUUUGCGCUUGGUGUGUCAAAAUUCAUCAAAAAACAGAACAAUAUAAUCUCUAAAACCAGGACAGUCAAUAAAGAGCAACACUCUGAAAGCAGGGAAAUUGGGAAUUCCAGAAAGGACACAAUCAGCGCCAGCUAACACUUCCCAACAGAGGAUUUCCCCCAGGCAGGAAGCAGCCAGGCUUUGAAGCUGCAAGGCCAUUAAAUGCUAAUCAAGGUGGCUAAUUGCAGCAUUCAGACAGAGACUAUUAAUUGCUCUUCAACCUGGCCAACCAAGGAUUCCGCAAAGUAGAAAGCGGCCAGGCUUGCAAGCAGCUGGGCUAUUCAGUGCUAUUCAACCUGGACAACUAAGAUUUCCCCUAGGUGGAAAACCCCCAGGCUUUGAAGCCACGAGGCUACUCCGUCCCAUCCAACCUGGCCUAGCAAGGAUGCCCGAUGUAGAAAGCAGCCAGGCUUUGAAGCUGCAAGACUACUCAGUGCAGUUCAAUCUGGCCAAACAAGGAAUCCCCUACAAAGGAAGUAGCCAGGCUUCAAGGCAGCUCUUUGAUUGAGAGAAAACAGCCAGGCUUUGAAGCUAUAAGACUAUUCAGUGCAGUUCAAUCUGGCCAAACAAGGAAUCCCCUACAAAGGAAGUAGCCAGGCUUCAAGGCAGCUCUUUGAUUGAGAGAAAACAGCCAGGCUUUGAAGCUAUAAGACUAUUCAGUGCAGUUCAAUCUGGCCAAACAAGGAUUCCCCUACAAAGGAAGCAUCCAGGCUUCAAGGCAGCUCUUUGAUUGAGAGAAAACAGCCAGGCUUUGAAGCUAUAAGACUAUUCAGUGCAGUUCAAUCUGGCCAAACAAGGAAUCCCCUACAAAGGAAGUAGCCAGGCUUCAAGGCAGCUCUUUGAUUGAGAGAAAACGGCCAGGCUUUGAAGCUAUAAGACUAUUCAGUGCAGUUCAAUUGGCCAAACAAGGAUUCCCCUACAAAGGAAGUAGCCAGGCUUCAAGGCAGCUCUUUGAUUGAGAGAAAACAGCCAGGCUUUGAAGCUAUAAGACUAUUCAGUGCAGUUCAAUUGGCCAAACAAGGAUUCCCCUACAAAGGAAGUAGCCAGGCUUCAAGGCAGCUCUUUGAUUGAGAGAAAACGGCCAGGCUUUGAACCUAUAAGACUAUUCAGUGCAGUUCAAUUGGCCAAACAAGGAUUCCCCUACAAAGGAAGUAGCCAGGCUUCAAGGCAGCUCUUUGAUUGAGAGAAAACGGCCAGGCUUUGAGGCUGCAAGGCUAUUCACUGCUAUUCCACCCGGCCAACAAAGGAUUCCCAUAAGCCACAGCAACGCGUGGCCGGGCACAACUUGUGAUUGUAUUAAAAGCAAGUUCGCUCUCUUGCUCGCUCUGCAACGAUGAAUGCUUUGGGUCUGUGUAAACAGAGGGAAGUGUUUGCCAACCUCUGGAGCCAAACGCCUUGGUUUACUUAGUCCGAAGAAGCCGAAGCCUCCGGGUCGAUCGCGCAAGGAGAGCUCGAUCUCCGCCGGCCCUGAGGCCUCUUCGCCUCACCUGGCACCCGCUCCUCCGCGCCCGAGAAGGACGAGUUCAAGAGGAGCCACGCAAACCGCUGGCUGAGCGUCAAGGUGGUGGCGGCUGCGCUGCAAUCGGCUGCACCGUCUGCACUCGCUUUGGAUUCUCCUGGCAGGACUUGCCCGGAGCGGUUGCACUUCACAACUUUCUGUAUUCUUUCUUUUUUCGCGAGGAAAAAAAGCAUGAUUAAAGCAGUGUUGUUGGUGCUGAGCGUGGCCUGGGCCUUGGCGGCCAGGUCUCUGCCACCCGACGGAGAUCCCGCCCGGGAGCAGACGGCUCCCGAAAUCCAGAAAUGCCCUGCGCCGUGCAGCUGCAGCUACGAAGAGUGGAACGACGAGCUGAGCGUCCAGUGCAGCCUGCAGAAGCUCACCAAGCUGCCCGAGAACCUUCCCAGGGGAGUGAAGACCUUGUGGCUGGACGGCAACAACUUCACCUCGCUCUCGGCCCUUGCCUUCAGAAACCUCUCCGGCUUGGAGUUCCUCAAUCUGCAGGGCAGCCACUUGUCGAGGAUCGAGCAGCACACCUUCCACGGCCUGGAAGCCUUGUACUCGUUGUUCCUCGAGCGCAACCAGCUGAAGGCCCUGGCGCCCAACAUCUUCCUCCACCUGCAGAACUUGAUCUCCCUUCGGCUCAACAACAACCAGUUCAGCAAAGUGGAAGAAGGCGUGUUUGCGGGGCUCUCGAACCUCUGGUACUUGAAUCUCGGCUGGAACUCCCUGGUCGUUCUUCCGGACAAAGUCUUCCACGACCUGCCCAACCUGAGGGAGCUGGUCUUGGCCGGGAACAAGCUGCACUACCUUCAGCACCAGCUCUUCCUCAGUCUCAACGAGCUGAGGGAACUGGACCUGAGUGGGAACUCGCUCAAGGGCAUCAAAGGCAACGUCUUCUCCAGGCUCCAGAAGCUGCAGAAGCUCUACCUGAACCACAACCAGAUCAGCGCCGUGGCCCCGCGGGCCUUUGUGGGCAUGAAGUCCCUGCGGUGGCUGGACCUGUCCCACAACCGCCUGGCCACCCUCUUUGAGGACACGUUCCUGGGCCUCUCCAGCCUGCGCGUCCUGCGCCUCUCCAGCAACUCCAUCGCGGGCCUGGGGCCCAGGACCUUCAAGGACCUCCACUCCCUGGAGGAGCUCCAACUCGGACACAACCGGAUCCGCAGUCUGCUGGAAAGAGGGUUCGACAAGCUGGGCCAGCUGGACGUCCUGGCGCUCAACGACAACCAGAUCGAGGAGGUCCGGGCGGGGGCCUUCCUGGGCCUCUCCAAGGUGGCCGUCAUGAACCUCUCUGGAAACUGCUUCAAGACCCUUCCCGACUUCACCUUCACGGGUCUCAACCAACUUCACAGCCUUCACUUGGAGAACAGCUGCCUCACUCGGAUCAGGCCGCUCGUGUUUUCCAACCUCUCCAGCUUGCGCCGGCUCUUUCUGCGACACAACGGCAUCUCCACCAUCGAGGAGCACAGCCUGGACAACCUGCACGAACUCAUCGACCUCGACCUCCGGCACAACCGCCUCGUCCGGCUCUCUCCGAACCAGUUUUCGGGCCUCCGGAAUCUGGAGUACCUUCUCCUCUCUUCGAACCAGUUGCUGGAAAUCUCGCCGGAAGCCUUUGCCCCGCUUCAGCGUCUCUCCUGGCUGGACCUCUCCAACAACGGUCUGGAGACCCUGGAGAGCAACGUCUUCGACCCCUUUUCCAAACUGGGAUAUUUGAACCUGAGGAACAAUUCGCUGAGAACCUUGCCCUUGGGCUGGCUCAGCCCUUCGCCCACACUCCUUCACCUUGGGUUGGACGGGAACCACUGGCAGUGCAAUUGCUCCCUGAAGGGACUGCGGGACUUUGCGUUGCAGCACCCCGACGUGGUCCCGCGGUACGUGCAGUCCGUCACGGAAGGAGACGUCCCCGUGCACACCUACAACAACAUCACCUGCACCAGCCCCGGGGAGCUGGCCGGGAUGGACCUGCGGGACGUCCAGGACAGGCACUUCGCAGAGUGCUGAACACGGGCGCUCGCCACCACGUCAAGUGAGAAGUCUCUUCCUUUCAAAUCACGGACCGUUGAUAAGGAAAGGUUGCUUACCUGUAACCGUGUUUCUACGAGUGGGUCACCUGUGAAAUUCGCACAUAUGGUAUUUCCUGCGCCUGUGCAGGCGGCUUCGGAAUCUUCUAGAAAGGUCUUUCAUUUAUAAAUGGCCGUUUCGAAAAUUCCGAAAAUGCCUACCGUGUUUCUCUGAAAAUAAGACGGUGUCUUAUAUUAAUUUUUGCUCCCAAAGAUGCGCUAAGUCUUACUUUCAGGGGAUGUCUUAUUUUUCCAUGAAGAAGAAUUCAUUUAUCUAUAUAUAUAAAAGGGUAAUGGAAUCACGGCACCGGACAAAACAACUAAACUAAACGCCCCACAACCUUGAAAAUUGACAGCACAACCUCUCAUCCACGCCUCUAAGUUCAUACAACAAAAAGAAAAGAAAAAUUAAGUCCUAGCCACAGCAACACGUGGUCGGGCACAGCUAGAUGUUGAAUAAAAUAAUGAACAUUUAUUAUAUACUGUACAGUAGUUGUCAUCACAAACCAGCAUAACCAGACAAACUCUGAAUCCUAUCAAGAAUUUCUUGUUACUACCACUAUUUCCAUGUACAACUGGUAUGUACAUUUACCGAUCCCGCAUGCUCUGGUGUUCUGUUCAUUGGGCAUGCUUCCAAACGAAAACUUGGCUAGGUCUUACUUUCGGGGGAGGCCUUAUAUUUAGCAAUUCAGCAAAACCUCUACUAGGUCUUAUUUUCUGGGGAUGUCUUAUUUUAGGGGAAGCAGGGUACGCAGGUGCAGGAAUACCAUGGGUGCAAUUUCACAGGGACCACGAUGGAGAACGCCAAGAAGGCCUCGUGUCAUUAAAAGUAGCCGUGCAAAACAUCAGUCAGAUUUCCUUCCUAUGGACUUUAUAUUUUUACUAUCCAUUUGUAUCGAUCUUUGGGAGAGCUUUUUCUUGCACUCCUGAAGGGCGCCCCAAAGCCAUCUUUGGGUGGUCUGUUCAGAAAGAGAACACCUGAUAAAAAGGCUAUCUGAUGCUGUA